AUGGCCUCGGAAGAUCAAGAUAUACUCGCAAAGAUCAGCCAGCUUGCUGGUCAGAUCAAUCGACACAAGAGCGGCCAAAGCUCAGAGCACCAAACACGACCAAUGACGCUGGCAAGGAACAAUAGCUACUCGAAUCUUCCUCAGACAAGCACAGGCUGGAGACCCAGCCGCGGAGGGCCCUCAUCCAGAGGAUACCGAGGAGGACGACCGGCCGCCGGGCAUCGAAACCGUACGCUUGUGCUAAACAGCAAUAGCCCCACGCCUCCAGCUUCUGAUACCGCCGAAGUAGCGAGCAAUGAAAUUUCUGAGAACUUGGGAUCGACAAGCAAUACUCCUUCAUGGGUCACAAAGAAAGACCGCCACUUACAACUAAUAAACACCUCCAUCUUCGAAAAAGAAAGCCAAAAUAGGGCCAAAGCUAUGGAGCAAACCCGGAAGCAAAAGGCGGUUGAAAGAGACACACGAGAGAAGACGAAACUCGCUCGGCACCUACAACGGUUAUCUGCAAAUGUCAUUGGGGCUGGUGCCCCUCAAUCACGUCCAGUUACCGGGCCAGGCAAUUACGAGAUCAAUGUUCAAGGAAUUCAAUUUCGCGUAGCUAAGAACGGCAGCAAGCUGGUCAAAGUCCCUGGUGAGAUGCCUUCCAAAUCGGCAGCUUAUGCUCAGAGUAAGCUUCAUCCUUCAGAACUAGGCUUACUGCCCCUAGGUGAUCUCAAUGCGGCAAAAUCUACACCCAAAGCCGCUCUAGUUGGUGGGGUUCCUGUCCUAAAGGCCCCAGGUGCCGGUACAUUCAUGAUCCCUCAAAGGUUGCUGUAUGCAAAGAAUUUCUUCUCAAAGGGUCAUGUCCAAGUGGAGAGUCCUGUGACCUUUCGCAUGAGCUUACUCCCGAAAGAACACCAACCUGCUUGCAUUUUACCAAGGGGAAUUGUUCCAAGCCAGAUUGCCGCUACAUACAUGUUCGUGUUUCUCCGAAUGCGCUGGUCUGCCGGGCUUUCGGAAUAUACGGAUAUUGUGAGAAAGGGGCAGGUUGUGAAGAGCGCCAUGUCUACGAAUGCCCUGACUUCAGCAAUACAGGCGAGCGUCAUGCGUAGCCACACAAACCGAGGGGAUGUCUCAGCAGAGGAUGAGAGUAGUGAUCUCUCGAGUGAUGACGAAGAUGAAGAAAUUGAUAGCGACGACGUGGAUUCAGACGACCUUGAUGAGGAGUACUUUGGCCAUGACGAUGGUGCGCCAGAUAUCGAGUCCAUGCGGAAGGAUUACGUCCAGUUGUCCUGA